CGCUCUCGCGUGCGGUUGGUAAAAACGGAAGUUGCGAAUAUAUUUUAUUCUGUUUAAUUUUUUUGAUUGAGUUAAAGGAAAAUAUUGAAAGUGCUUAUAAAGAUACACAAAUUGAAUAGAUAAGAAAACGAGAAAGUGCUAUUGUAAAAUCGACAAGUGACAGACAGUGUAUGAUUUAUUAUCGUCAACAUAAUGUAGAAAUGCAAAUAAUAAAAUCUGGAAUGUGGCUAUAUAAAGGAUCAAAAUCGCUGAGUGUUACUGAUCUAAUUAAAAUUGAGUGUUUGCAUUGAACAGACGAUUGUGAAUAUCCGAUGAGUAAAUAUUAGUGACACUAAUUAAUUAAAUAUAAAUAAACAGCAAGAAUAGAGUGAGCAUAAAUAAGUUAAUAAAUUAAAGAGGUCGUGUCUAAAUAUAAUGCAGCAUCAUGUUGACAACUUUAAUGUUACGGAAGAAAAAAAAUGCAAUUCAUAAUAAUUGAUGAUGUUGAUGAUUAUAGGACAUACUCACAGUCAUUUAACUACUAUAUUGAUUGAAAAACGAGUGAUAAAUUAAAAUAAUAAAAAUAUCAUCGAUGAUGUUGAUGGACUUACUCUCUUUCAUUGUUGACUCAAGUGUAUGUAGAGUAGAAAAUAAAUUUAAUGGAAUUUAAUGGACGUGUCUUAUCAGAAGUUGAACAGCGAAUGAACGUUGUACUGCAUCCAUCGAUAAAAUGAUAUUUUUUAUUGAGUUUUAAAAAAUUAUGAUGGCUUGUUUUACAUAAAAAAGGAGAUACCAGAUUAUAAAAAGUAACUUUUAUUGACAAUUUGUUCACUCGUGAAUGGAGUUCAUUUCAACAAUAAUGGAACGUGCUGCGACUUUUUGGAGAAAUCGGAGAUUUUUCAAGUUUCGUAGCAACAAUGGCAGCAGCAAUAAUACAGCUCAACGAAUGUCGAAUGAUAAGAAUCGGAAAGGCACGGAAGGAACAAAUUAUCAACAUCACGAUUUUAAUGAAGAAGAAAUAAAUUUCUAUUUGCGAAAUCAUCCGGAAAUAUUGGAGAAAUAUCUCAUGGAUGAGGUAGAAUUAGAACAAUUGGAACGAUGGAUGAUCCGCAGGACGCAAAAGGCGAAAAAAAUGAAUUACGCAAAUAGAAAGACGAGUUUGAGUCGAUGGAGAUUUUGUGUUCAUGCUGAUAAACGACAAAUGCUUGAACAACUGACACAACAGCUGCAAAGUAAACCAACGAAAGCACACGUCCUUUUUGAAUUGUCAUCGUGCAUAUCAAAUGCGGUAAAUGCUGAUGGUUUUCGUUUAUAUAUUGUCGAGGAUGCAGCUGACAAUUUGUCUUUUGUAAUGGACUCAGAAACAUUUGACGAGCAUGGGGAGCCAAAAAUACAGAAAAUUUGUGACGACGCAUCAAUUGCACGAUAUGUGGCUUCAACCCGUGAGCCAACUCGUUAUUCGCGAGGUGAUAUUGAUCCUAGAUUUCCUAAUGUCAUUUCUGACAAAGAGACCGAGCACGUUUUGUGUCAAGCAAUUGUAUAUCCGGAUGGAAGUCUUGUAGCAGUGCUUGAAAUGUGGAGACGUGAGAGCGGUGCUCGGUUCCAUGAAGAAGAUGAAGAAAUAUCGUAUUCGUAUCUUGUUUGGGGCGGCAUAGCUCUACAUUACAUGUCCAUUUAUAUCAACUUGAACAAACAAAAGAAACUCAAUGAUUUCCUUUUAGCUGUUGUCAAAUCAAUUUUUCAGGAUAUGGUAUCAAUGGAUAUGCUCGUGAUUAAAAUAAUGAAUUAUGCACAACGUUUAGUCAAUGCUGAUCGUGCAUCACUCUUCCUGAUUGACUCUCGUACGAAUGAAUUGUAUGCGACAAUAUUUGAUGUUGGUUUUGAGGAUGACAUACAAGAAAAGAUGAAUUCACCGCGAGCAGCGAAGGAAACAACACAAAAAUUGAAAAGUGAGGAAAUUCGAUUUCCAAUUGGAACCGGAAUCGCAGGUCAAUGCGCAUUAACUGGUGAAAUAUUUAACAUCAUUGAUGCAUAUAGUGAUGAAAGGUUCAAUAGAAAUGUUGAUCAACUUACAGGAUAUAAAACAGAUACGAUUCUUUGUAUGCCAAUUUUCAUACGAGGCUCAAUUAUAGGUGUUGUGGAAAUGGUAAAUAAACGUUCGAGUUAUUUUUCAAAAGAGGAUGAAGAGGCAUUUGAAACGUUUGCUGUUUAUUGCGGUCUCGCAUUACAUCAUGCCAAAUUGUACGAUAAAAUUCGGAGAUCUGAGAAGAAGUAUAGGGUUGCAUUGGAAGUGCUGAGUUACCAUAACCAAUGUAAUGAUUAUGAUUUGGAGAAAUGUGAUAAAAUGGGCAUUCCAUCAACCAUUCCAGACAUUGAUAGUUACUACUUUAAUCCAUUCGAAGUCGAUGAGUAUGUGAAGGUCAACUACGUAAUUUUCAUGUUUAAAGACCUUUUCGGAUUCAAUCGUUUCGAGAAGAGAGACUUAAUGCGAUUUACACUGACUGUAAAAAAGAAUUACCGUCGUGUUCCAUAUCAUAAUUGGACUCAUGGCUUUGCUGUUGCCAAUUCAAUGUAUUCAAUCCUCAAGAACUCUGAUUUGGUCUUUCGUCCGAAUGAGUGCCUCGCAUUAUUUAUUGGAUCAUUGUGUCACGACCUUGACCAUCGAGGCAAGAGCAACAAGUUCAUGCUAGAUUCUGAAUCUCCGAUUGCUGCCAUUUAUUCAACCUCGACUAUGGAACAUCAUCAUUUCAAUCAGACUGUCACUAUCUUACAGCAAGACGGACAUAAUAUUUUAGCUAAACUAAGUUCAACAGAAUAUAAACAGAUUCUAAGUUUGAUUAAACACUGCAUACUGGCGACAGAUCUUGCAUUAUUCUUCCCAAACAAAGAAAAAUUGAUGAUUCUAGUAGAUAAUGAAAAAUUCUCGUGGAGUGUAUUGGAGCAUCGGAUGAUGGUAAAUGCCAUUGCAAUGACAGCAGCAGAUCUAUCUGCAAGUUCAAAACCAUGGGAAAUUCAAUCAGAAACAGUUAAGGGAAUAUUUGAAGAGUUUUAUGAACAAGGCGAUGAAGAGAAACGUGCUGGAAGACAACCUAUACCCAUGAUGGAUCGCAAUCAGCCAGAUCAGCAGGCAAAUUCUCAGCUUGGAUUUCUCAAUGGCAUUUGCAUUCCGUGUUAUUCUCUGCUAUAUCGUCUAAUACCGGAAACAAGACCGAUGUUGAAGCAGUGUCAGGAAAAUCUUGCUCGUUGGCAGAAUAUUGAUGAGCAGACGAAGCAGAAGGAAUAAAAUUAUUUUAAAAGAGGAAAGAAGUUAUCACAAUUCAGACGUUUGUAAAUGUUUUAUAUGUUUAUGCUGUAGACUCUCAUUGAUGAAGAAAUGAGACCAGCAAAAAAAAAGUAAAAUCGAUGAGAAUUAAGGAAAAGAAAACGUGAAUGGGAAGAAUUAUGAAUGUCACCAAAGCUUUAAAUGUUUAAAUAAAUAUAAAUCUGAUGUUAUUUGUGUAUGCAG